AUGUCACAGAAGGGUACAGUGUCUCUGGAAACAAGCCUGAGCAUUUCCCCUGAGCCUGGCAUCCACCAGCACCAGCCGGACUUCUCUGUACCUCUGCGGCAGUGCAUCCACAGCCCUGUACAGCCAGCUGCUCUCUGCACCAAAAGGGCAGCCACAGCAAAAUCAAGGCCCAGAACUCACUCAGCUCUUCCCCAGGAGGACCAAGCCCUGCAUCAGGUGCAGUGCUGCCUGCCCCACUGUGCCAUGGGCCCCGGGCUCCUCUCCUGGGCGCUGCUUUGUCUCCUGGGAGCAGGUGAGUCCUGUGCACUGGACAGCAGCCCCAUUCUCAGCCUUCCCACCCCUGUGUCCUCCACUUUACCUCGGGGAGGACCUCCAGGCUGUCUCCUGGCUCAUCCUCCAUCUGCUUUUCCCACAGGCUCAGUGGACACUGGAGUCACCCAAAGUCCCACACACCUGAUCAAAACGAGAGGACAGCAAGUGACUCUGAGAUGCUCUCCUAUCUCUGGGCACAGCACUGUGUCCUGGUACCAACAGGCCCCUGGUCAGGGGCCCCAGUUUAUCUUCGAAUAUGCUAAUGAGUUAAGGACAUCAGAAGGAAACUUCCCUCAUCGAUUCUCAGGGCGCCAGUUCUGUGACUAUCAUCACUCUGAGCUGAAUGUGAGCGCCUUGGAGCUGGGGGACUCGGCCCUGUAUCUCUGUGCCAGCAGCUUGGCACAGCCUGGCAGAGUCACUGGAACUCUGUGCACUAAUCUCUCUGCUUCCGUGUACAGCAGUCUCAGAGCAGACAGCUGUGAGAAAGGCUGGCGGAAACAAGGCCAGGAGGAUCUGCUCAGAGGAUGCUGCUGCUUCAGGAGGUUCACAGCAAAAUUACCUUCUUUGUCGGAUGCCGUACACUAUAAUGAUACAGUAGCUGGCACUCUCCUUUUUAGAAAAAGAAAUUCAUUUUGGUGUCAGGGUUGUUCGACAGAUGUGUAGUAUAGAAGGUAAAAUCUCAAGGGUUUGCUUUAUAUAAUUAAGGGAGAAGAAAUUGAGAUUUGGUUUGGAGAAAUUUGAGGAGAACAUGAUUAAAGAUUAUGAAAAAAUAGAAGUAGAGCUACCAGAUGAUAAAAAUUGUGUUCUCUGCAACAUAACCUGUCAAAGUUUUCAAUUGCUAGAAAAUAUGCAGCA